UUUUAAGGUUGGCAUGGAGUUAAUUUUCAGAGUUAACUCAUCUGGUCAGGAUACUCUUGUAAUAACUGGAACUGAACCACUAAUCCAUCCAGGUAAUUUUCCACCUUUGGACAGAAUGAUUGAUCAUAUUAAUUAUUCCAUCUUAUGUCAGUUAUUUUAAUUAUGCAGCUUACUACCAGUUGUCCCGUACGAAGCGUGACAUUGUUGACUCGCUCAGUAGUACUGAUGGAACAAUGAUAAAUUGGAGGAUGAUGCAUACCGUCAUUCUUCAGGUGGACAACUUGGACUACCUUGUUGAGUACCACAAUGCUGGAGAUUAUGAUCAAGGAGCACUAGUUGUCCCAAUGCUGCAUACUCUGAAUUGGACAAACAGCGAAAAUUACAACAAACACAUGAAAAUCCCUAGCCGUUUGGUUCCUAAAGAUAUGGAACAAUAUGGUGCAAUCAGUAUUGUGUGCCAUCCCAGUACUUUGGUGCGUGCGUCCUACGCAAUUUCUUCUGACGAUGGUCGUCUCUGCGUCAGUGGGUGGAAGGAGUUCAUGGACAAGGAAAAGCACCUUCAGAUGGGUGACAAGAUGAUGUUCUUGCUUUACCUGGGAAAUGCAGGGGUUUACUUGUUUGCUACCCAUGUGCCUGAAAUCGAUCUGGAGUAGCUAGUCAGUGAUUCAUGGUGCCCGUGUGUCCAACUAUGCAGCCCCUUUAGGUUUAAAUUAAGUUGUAAGACUCUUUAUGCGAUUGU